AUGCCGCGCAAAGACUUUUUGCGAGAUCUUGAACAAGCGGUGGCACCUGGCCACUUCCCAUGCAUCUCCAAUAUCAGGGCAGGGGAGUGUGAUGGGUCCAUCUCUUUCACAUUUACAGAGCCUAAGAAAAGCAUCACACUCGAUCUUCAGGCCAUUGUAUCAGGUAAGAAAACUAUGACUCACACUGUCAUUAAUAUCGUGCUAACCGAGAAUCCAGAUUCACAUGAUUACCCAAAUUAUCAUAGCUAUUUGAUCUUCUCAACCUCUGAAAAUUGCCCUCCAACAGUCACUUCAUCUCUGGAAGACGCGGGGUCUUUCUUUAAAGGCUCAACAAUUGAUGGACUGUUAAGCAACGUUCCAAAGAUCAUCGCCAACGCCACCUUUGAACAUGAUUCCGCAUUCAGCUUCUCCGAAGAAGAGCAUACUCCCGAUUCUAAUGAGUGCGAGCCAGCCAGCGAUGAUGAUGAACCAAAUUGGGAAUCUGAUGACGAAGGAACCCUAUUCGGACCCACUCAACCUGAGAGUGAGCUGCGAAAGAAGAUUCGCCGCGACUUACGUGAGGCCAAAAUUGCUGGGUUUAAGAUUGGGUAUCUGGGGUCAGCAAAGGGCAUCAUCGUUGUGUCUGUGUCCUGCCGCAUUGUUAAACUUGGUAUCUCCGAGGAAGCCAUGGAUGCCUGGAAUGUCAAACCCGCGGAGUACGUGGUCUUAUUAAUCCGCUAUAUACCAGCCUACCAAGAUCUUCAGAUGGUCAUCGAUUUAGGAAGCGAUGCAAAAAGCGCCAGGAUCCAGAUGCAUGUCGGUCUCUGCGACUCGUACAAACCAUCCUUGGAGCAUGCUACUAUGUUUUUCCAAGACACACAGGGUCAAGGUACGAAGAGCAAAAGUCAGACCUCCAACAAUGUUAUGAAAGGUCAUCCACUCAAACGACUGUUUAAUGGAGAAUCGCUUGACUCCCUUCUCGGAGAGCGCCUUCUGGGAAUUGUCAAGCUUCGGCUACAAUAUGGGUUUUCAUGGACAGGGGCAGAGCUGUUCUUCCAAACGCAUCAAGGCAUGAGUCUCAGCGACUCCAAUACUUCUCUACCGGAGUAUCACCAGCCAGAUAGCUGGGCCACCUCAACACCAUCAUUUCUUGCCGCCGAUCAUGUGGCCAAAAUGGACCACAAUGUUUCAAAUAUUUCUUUACCUCUUCUGGCAAUGCAGUUCACACUUCGACACUUUGUCAAGUGUACAGAGUUCUGUCUUGUUUGCCAUUGCAAGACUGGUGAUACUUUCGAGGCAAUCAAGCCCUACGUCUGCUCCAACGGACUGUGUUUGUACCAGUACAUGGCGCUGGGCAUGGCCCCCAGUAUUGAAUAUGAAAUCACCUCACAGCCUUUUGUCGUUGACCUGCUGAUCAGUCUGGCAUACUCCAGAGCUACAUCAUGGCAGCUUAUGGACUUUCCUACUGGACUUCAACUUCGCGUUCCAAUCAAGAUUCUUCAGCGCGACCCAGACAGCAAUGAAAUGUAUACUGGACGGUUGAGUUAUCCCAAUCUUGAGCUUCAGAUAAGCCAGCGCCCUCCGGUCCAUGUUGGUGAUUGGAUCGUUAUCUGCGGGAAAGCUGACUACUGUCAGAGUGCAGAGAGUGACGAAGAUUGGCACUGUCGUGUUGAGCAUGUCGCUGAAUACACCGGUCAUCUGAUUCUCGCAACUCCGAUUUGUCAGGGUCGAAAAGUACAAUCAAGCGCGUUACAGCGUAAUGACAGAGAAGUAUGGUUCGCUGUCUACGACACCAAUCUGGAUGACUUGACCAUUUCGCAAAAACAAAAAAUGGUUUCACUCAUUGUAGGCAUCCUUCCCGAUGUUCAUGAAAUGAAGUCCUUUAUCGAAAGUCCCAAGAACCAACUUCUCUCAACAUGGAAGCAAGUCAUUUCUCCCGCUGCGCUGGGCAUGUUACGCUGGGUUGUUGCUUCAAAUCGAUCCUUCAUAAAAAAGGAUGAUAAUGCGCCUCAACAUCAGGUGGUUGGAAUGAGUGACUUUGUCCAAUUUCGUCUUGUUCAAGGGGCUGCUGAUAAAGAACAACGCUUUACCGACGCUGUCAAUUCUGUCUCCUUGACUCCAAAACCGAAUCACCCCACACUGUUUGCGUGGCAUGGUAGCUCUGUGAAGAACUGGCACAGUAUCCUCCGUGAAGGACUUCAUUAUCACAAUAAUGUCACCCAUGGUCGUGCCUACGGUGAUGGUAUCUACAUGUCUAACCACUUCCACGUCUCGAGAGGUUACACUCAUGGACAUGGUUUGUCAUGGCCCAAAUCUCGACUUAAAAUUUCGACAGUGAUUUCUUUGAACGAAGUGGUCAAUGCUCCCGAGAGAUUCGUGUGUUCUGCUCCACAUUAUGUCGUGCAACAUUUGGACUGGGUCCAGCCACGGUAUCUGUUUGUCAAGGCCAAAGACACUAGCGAAGCUAUGGGCUUGACCUCGCAUCCAUCGCAGAUUGGGCACCAGGGAAGAAGUCUCUUUUAUAAGCAAGACCAAAAGCACGUUGCCGUUGGCCCAGGCGGAACCCCAAUAGAGAUUCCUAUCUCGAUACUGAGCGGCCAACGAGGAAAGUUUCUUUGUGAUACUGCACGAGCAAGACUUGAGGAGCUUGAAUCACCAUCUAAGAGGCGUAAGUACAUGGUUGAAGAUGAUGAAGAACAUGAGAAUGGCGAUAAUAUCAGCAUCGAAACGGACAUGGAGGAUAUUCAAAUCCUAUUGUCCGACGAUCAAAGCCUCGAAAGUCACGCAGCAACUACUGUCAAAAAUGAAACCGCUCCAGAUACUGACCCCAAGACUGGCUACUACCCUGGACUCUUGCAGGAGGAAUCUUUGCCUCUGCUAUCUCCACCAGAGUAUGCAACCACACCGGCCACAAAGAUUCUCCAGCAGCAUCUCGCAGCCACCAUCAAAAUCCAGAAGCAGGUUCCAUUGCACCAUCUCGGCUGGUAUGUUGACCACAACUUAAUCACAACAGUCUAUCAAUGGAUCGUGGAAUUGCAUUCUUUUGAUCCGGAACUUCUACUAGCGAAGGAUCUCCAAGCCGUUGGAAUGCAGAGCAUCGUUUUAGAGCUUCGAUUCCCUCCCCAAUUUCCCAUGGACCCCCCAUUCGUACGAGUGAUUCGCCCUCGCUUCCUUCAGUUUUCUCUCGGAGGUGGUGGGCAUGUAACUGCUGGAGGUGCUCUGUGCAUGGAAUUGCUCACGCAGUCUGGUUGGCUACCGACAGCUUCAAUUGAGAGCGUGUUGUUGCAGGUUCGUAUGGCAAUUCUCAACACUGAUCCAAGACCCGCACGUCUGCAGCUCAAUACAUCAAAUAUGCACUACUCAGUGGGUGAGGCAGUGGCGGAUUACAAAAGGGUUUCAUUGGCGCAUGGGUGGCAGAUUUCAGAGGACAUCCAGCAGCUUGCAUGGUGA